AUGCCACACCACAAUGGGCACCAGUUUGCCUCGGAUGUUCCUGUGGCCAAAGCGGGUCUGACCGACCCGAACCGAAGGAGUGUUGAUCAGCUCAAGAGGGUCAACUCCAAGAGUAUGAGGGCGGUGAACGGGUUGCUCGUAAAAGACCCGGCGGACACAAUUGGCCGAAUGGCCUCCUUCUGUACCGUAAAUAACUUUGGCACAACGUUACAGAAAAGAAUAAACCGAGAAACAGUCCAAGAUCUGCCCCCAUGUGACAACGAGAUGAAAGCUGACGUCAUCCUGGAGCACUUCUGUGCCAGUGAGUUUGCGCUCAAAAUGAAGAUCAAGGAGAUCAAGCGGGAGAAAGGCGAUCGCAAGAUCCUGUCUCAGAGGAAGAAGAAGGUGCUGAAGGCGGGGCCGCUGAAGAAGAAGGACUUGAAAAAACUGGUUCUGUUCAUCAAGAACGGGGCGAGUUGCCCCUGUACCCAGCUGGACAACCCCAGCAGCAACUUCCUGAUCAUGGGGCGCAAGUGGGACAACCAGCUCCUGCUCACUGUCAUCCACAAGUGGGACAAGCGUAACAAGGAGCUGAGGUAUGCCGUCAAGAUGAUGAAGAGCUACCAAUGUCCCACCUACCACCAUGUCUUCCAGUGACUCCCACCCCCAACAUCUGGGGACAAGAUGGACUGAGGCCCCGGCCUCCUAAUAAGCUUUUUAUACUCGUGGCCUUCAAGCAGUGCUGCGCGCUCUCCUAUUUACCCACCCCAUCCACAUCCCCCAUUUCCUCU